UUCGAAAUGGCAUUAGUUGCAAAGUGUCUCAGCACAGAACAGCACAAGUAAAGCGCCAGUGUAGCAUCAAGUGAAAAAAGACUGACUUAAGUAAAAAUGGGUUUGAGCGGUAAGAAUGUUGUUUUCGUCGGCGGUUUGGGCUUCAUCGGCUACGAGGCCUGCAAACAGAUAAUGACCAAGAAUGUGGCGUCUUUCUUCGUGUUCGAUGUUUUGGAAAAUGCUGAGAACAUCAAGGCCCUACAAGCCAUCAAUCCCAAGUCCAAAGUGUACUACACCAAAUUCGACAUCACCAACAAGGCGGCCAUUAAGCAAGCGCUCGACGAUGUUAUCGCCAAAGUGCAAUACAUUGAUGUGUUGGUUAAUGGCGCCGGUGUACUCGCCGAUCCCAAUGUUGAUUUGACCAUGAACAUCAACUUGAUUGGUCUCAUCAAUACCACACUCGAGGCCAUUCCACUCAUGGACAAGAACAAGAACGGACGCGGUGGUCUGAUUGUUAACAUUGCCUCCGUAUUGGGUUUGGAGCCCGCACCACCAACCGCGGUCUACUGCGCCUCGAAAUUCGGUGUUAUGGGCUUCUCGCGUUCCAUCUCCGAUCCCUACUACUACAACCACACCGGCAUUGCUGUGGCCACUUUCUGUCCCGGUUUGACUGAGACCCCAUUGAAGAACAACAUUGCCACUAAAUAUACUUUCGAGUACUCCAAGGAGAUUGGCCAGAAAUUGAACAACACCAAGACUCAGAAACCCGAAGCUUGUGGCGCACAUUUGGCUACUGUGUGUGAGACAGGCGAGAACGGUGGCAUCUACAUCAGCAACCAAGGCACUUUGUCCAAGGUCACACCCACUGUAUACUGGCAACCCACUUUCUAGACUUUCUAGUGCAUUUCUGAGAUAUUUUGUAGAGUUGUAUAUAGUACAUGUAAAUAUACACAGACGUAUGUAUGUGUAAAUAUAUAUGUUAUUUAGUUUAUAAGUUAAAAGUCUGAAUUAAAUAAAUGUUCAUUUAUUUUGCAUUAAAA